AUGGCACUCGGGAAGAAGAGCGCGAUGUCCAAGGCGGCUCUCCUCCCCAGAGAGCAAGGCAUGGGCCCCACGGAGCGAGCGCGGGCCGUGUUAGCCACGCGCAAGCUGAGCAUCUCCCCGCACAUCCUCGAGCUCCUGACGCUGCCCUGCUUAGAUGACCUGGAGGCUGAUCACCGGCCUUCAAUUUCAGAAGACCUAAAAAUAGGUUAUGCUAUCUCAGACUGCGCCACUCAGACAGAUGGAAGUGAAAUAACAGAUGUGAAAGAGUUUACAGUAACAACAAAGACUUUGAUAGAGUUCACAAACUCGCUGUAUGAUGACUUUAUGAUGUAUAAAAAUCUCCUUAAAACUCAAUAUGAAGACAAAAUAAAGGAGCAUGCAUUCAGGCUCUGGGAAGAAAUAAACAACAGACUGGAAUACGUUGAGAUGUCCUAUAAGCAGAAGGAAGUCAAAAUGAGACAAAGCUAUCAGCAACAAUUGUGUGACGCGCUUGCAAUUCUCAGAAUAAACUAUUCACGCUAUUUCCCUGUCAGCAAAGGUCUGCCUGGAGAAGAGGAGGAAUCGUUAGCCACACGGUUUGAGAGGCUGAGAGAGAACCUUGAAGAGAAGGAUUUUAUCAUUGCAAGCUUAGAAAUAGAAAUAGCAGCCUGUAAUGCAAGGGAAAGUAAGAAGGUUCCACAUGAGGAAGAGAAUGAAUUUGAGAAAGAAUUCCUUCAGCAAGAAAACAAGGAGCUAAAAGAACAAAUUGCUUUCUUGAAUAAAAAGGUUGCACGCCUUCAAGAAGCUCUGAAACGCAAAGAGAGAGAACAUCUUGAAUCGGAUACUGAAAAUAAACAAUUGCAGGACAAAAGAGAAAGAGAUCUGAAGACAAUUGAAAAGCUAAUGAACACGCAGGAAAUUCUGAAGCUGGAAGUUGAGAGAGAGAAGCAGCGAGUUCAGUCGAAAGCUCGGGAAGCGAAAGAAGCACAAGACGUUGCAGCGAAAAUAGCUGACAGUGCAGCAAAAUCUGAGGCAGAAGCUGCAGCUGCAGCAAAGGCACAAGCAGACCAACAAUCUAAAAAAGAAAAGAAGACAGCAAAAGAGCUCAGAGAAGCAGCAGCGAGGGAAGCAGCGGCUAGAGAAGCGGCUGAGAAAGAAGCGGCUGAGAGAAAAGAAGCUGCAACAACAGAAGCAGCCGAACUAGAAGUUUUGUUUGGAUCUCAACAGGAUUUGUUGGCAAGUCUCUAUCAGAGUGACAAGGAUGCUGCGAGGAAAGCAUUACUCACUGAGGUAACGCGGCUUAAACAAUCCGAACGUAAAGCAAGGCGCUACACAGAGAGACUGGAACUAGAACUUUAUCAAUUGAAUCGAUCCUGGGAAUUGAAGUUUCAAAUCCUAAAGAGAAGCUUACAUGCCAUUAAGGAUGAGAUGUUUCUUAGACAAUCAUUGCGUCAGUCAGCAAGAUUUAGACACCCAACACUUGCAGAUCGGACUGCUGCUCCUCUUUUUAUACAGCAUCCUCUAGAGAAAAAGGGUCCAAGUUCUUUAUAUAUACAGUAUCCACCUCUGCCGAAGAUAUCUUCUCGGGAAGGUAUAGAGAUGAAUGAAGAGGCCUCAGAGGGUGCAAAAACUCCAGUUACAGUAGAAAUUCCCAGCGUCUAUGAGGGUGCUUCAGAGUCUGAUGAAGAAGUGGAGGAGCUGCCUCUCCCACCAUCACCGCUUUCUUCCAUACCAUGAUAGUAGGGCAGAGCCACCGGUGGAGAAAAAGAGAGCGAGAGUGGUG